AUGCAAUAUUCAACCUUUUUCAUCACCCUACUUCUAUCUACUGCCGUAGCAGCUAAAAGUAAAAAUGGUACUCUGACUGAGGAACAAACCUGCAAAGAAAUGCUUGGUUUGAACUCAUUUGUUCAAUUCGCCAACAACCCAGCUAAAGUUGCAGCCAUUACCGGAAAUGACACAACCAAGGUUGCCGCCCUCCAAGCUAAAGCUUCUGCUGCCUCCGUCAAACUCACAGAGCUUCAAUCCAACACCACCCUCAUGACCAACUGUGCCGUCAUCGACGCAGCAAUCAUGACCAAUUCCUCCUGCACCCAACAAUUCAUUCUCCAAAAAUUCGUCGAUUUCGCCGCCAACGAAACACUAGUCACAGCCACCGUCAACAACGACAUGACCAAAGUAGCAAAAAUUGAACUCCAAGCUUCAGACGCAGCAGCCAAACUUCAAACGCUAAAAUCGAAUGCUACGUUGCAGGCAGCUUGUCCUGCGGUCUUCAUGGCUGAUGAAUGUAAAAUGAUGGUUGCGCUUCAGAAAUUCGCCGAUUUGGGUAUGGAUGAUAAGAAGUUGAGUAAGAUUGCUAUGGGGAAUGCGACGAAGGAGGCGGAUAUUAAGGCUGCGGCUGGGACGGCUGAAGUGCAAGUUAUGAUGAUGAAGGCGAAUUCGACAUUGAUGGCUGAGUGUAUGAGUAUGGGAAUUAAGAUUUCUGGUGAUGCAACAGCAAAAUCAACUACAUCUUCCGACGAGACUGCAAAUUCUAAGUCGGCGGCUAGUAUUAAUGGUAUGAGUAUUAGCGCACUCUUUAUGGGUGUUUUGGCUUUGGGUAUGGCUAUGUUGUAG